CCACGGGCCGGGAUAAUGCGAUCUCUGCCUCCUGCUUUAUGUUGAAUCGUUAGGAUUAGGCAUUUUACCUGUGCCCCUCUUUUGUUCUUGUCGCGUGGUCCCUCGCUCGCUCUAGCGAAAAGGCAACUGCGUUUAUGCCCUAUAGAGUCAAUCGAAAGAUCCGAAACCUGACCACUGCCACAGACCGAGGACGGGAGAGACCGAAUUAUACUGUUUGAUCUGGUCAAGAUGGUCACCAAAACAGAGGAUACUCAGUUGAACAGGCUCGAAAACCAGGUCGAUAAUGAAGGCGGAGGAGCCUGGGAGUACCUGUGCCUCGUCAGGAAACUCAAGCUUCGGCGUUCUGAAAAAGUGUUGAAGCAUGGCUUGUCCAUAUUGAACGACCCCAAAAAGCGAUCUGGUCUAGGCCCAGAUGGUCAGUGUAUCUGGUUUUACCGCUUUUCCGAUCCGGAAUGGACUUUGUAUGAGCAGGUUGCAGUUGCAGCUAUGGAUUGCCAACAUCUUGAUGUUGCCAAGGACUGUAUAAAAGUUCUCCAGAAGAGAUUCCCUGAGAGUAAACGGGUUGGCAGGCUGGAGGCAAUGCUGCUUGAAGCAAAAGGAUCAUGGGAUGAGGCGGAAAAGGCCUACACAAGCUUUUUAGAGGACAAUCCUCUCGAUCAAAUCAUCCAUAAAAGGAGGGUGGCUAUGGCAAAGGCACAGGGCAACAUUUCUGGGGCUAUUGAAUGGCUUAAUAAAUAUCUAGAAAUAUUCAUGGCAGAUCAUGAUGCAUGGAGAGAACUUGCAGAAUUAUACGUCUCCCUGCAAAUGUAUAAACAAGCAGCAUUUUGCUAUGAAGAAUUGAUCAUAUCCCAACCUACUGUUCCACUCUUCCACUUAGCCUAUGCUGAUGUACUUUAUACGCUUGGUGGGUUGGAAAACCUCCAGACUGCCAAGAAAUACUAUGCAUCUGCUGUAGACUUGACUGGAGGCAAGAAUACCAGGGCACUUUUUGGUAUUUGCUUGAGUACUUCUGCUAUUGCUCAGCUUACAAAAGGGAAGAGCAAGGAAGAGAAGGAUAAGUCACAAGUACAAUCUCUAGCGGCGAAAGCGUUGGAGAAGGAUUAUAAGCAGAGAGCUCCUGACAAGCUUCCUCAGGUUACAACCGUCUUGAAGAGUCUAACGUUGUCUUCCUGAUGCAAGCCUUUUUCUUGAAAGCUCUUGUGCUUUGGCCCACUUUUUGACAUUGACAGUGAUUAUUAGCGGCCAGAUCAACUCAUAUUUGCAAAGUACCUGUCAUUAGGCUUGUCCAUGUUAAAAUGAAAAAAAUUUCGGUUCUUAAUGAUACUUAAAAUGUGGGGCUUCGUCGAAAGAUGUUGGGUCCGAUAUGAUUUACUUCUAUAUCUUUCAACUGUUUUGCGCCCAUGUUUUUUUGUUGAGAAUAAUGUUUGGCAAAGAAUACUGGCCCUUAAAUUGUAUGCGAGUCAUGAAUGAGAGGGUCCUAAUGGGAUGAAUUAUCUCGCUUAAUGUUCA